AUGGGGAGCAGCGAGCUGUUGUGUGUGGCCCUCCUGGCAGGGACUGGCGCUGCCUACUACUAUGACGUGCCGCCGGUCUACGUGAGCGUGGCGAUGUCGGUGGUGGCCGGCCUGCUGACCUACCUCCUCAUCCCUGCCGCCGCGCAGCUCUUCAUCAACGCGCGCCUCUACGGCAUCGACCUGAGCAAGAGCACCACCGACGUCAAAGUGGCGGAGAGCAUGGGUGUGAUCGUGAGCGCGGUGUACAUGGGCGUGAUGUUCCUCUUCAUCCCAUUCCCUUUCCGCCACUGGUGGUUCAACAGCGACUUCCCUCAUCACAAGUUCGAGGAGUUCAUGUCGGCGCUGCUGUCCAUCUGCUGCAUGAUCUUCCUGGGCUUCGCCGACGACGUCCUCAACCUCCGCUGGCGCCACAAGCUCAUCCUGCCCACCAUGGCCACGCUGCCCCUGUUGAUGGUGUACAUGGCCAAUCUGAACUCCACCUUCAUUCUGGUGCCCAUCCAGCUGAGGCCCUUCAUCGGCAAGGUCAUCGACCUUGGCGUGCUGUACUACAUCUACAUGGGCAUGUUGGCCGUGUUCUGCACCAACGCCAUCAACAUCCUGGCGGGCAUCAACGGCAUCGAGGCCGGCCAGUCGUUGGUGAUUGGCGUGUCGAUCCUCGCGCACAACCUCCUCCAGCUUCACCUCGGCGAAGGCAACCCCGAUGCCCACUACUUUUCGCUGUACUUGAUCAUCCCCUUCAUCGCCGUGACCGCCGCCUUGCUCAAGCACAACUGGUACCCGUCGCGCGUCUUCGUGGGCGACACCUUCUGCUACUUUGCCGGCAUGACCUUUGCCGUGGUCGGCAUCCUGGGCCACUUCAGCAAGACCAUGCUCCUCUUCUUCAUCCCGCAGGUCUUGAACUUCCUCUACUCGGUGCCGCAGCUCUUCCACUUCAUUCCCUGCCCUCGCCACCGCUUGCCCAAGUACAACCGCAAGACCGACAAGCUGGAGAUGUCCCGCACGGUGUUCAAGUACGAAGAGCUCUCCACCCUGGGCAAGGUCUUCUACAACCUCCUCACCAAGUUCCGCCUCGCCCACGUCAAGAUCGGCAAGGACGGGGUGAUCGAAAUGAACAACCUGACGAUCAUCAACUUUGUGCUGAUGCUGGUCGGACCCACCCACGAGAGGAACCUGACCGUGAUCAUGCUCCUCCUCCAGGUCCUCUGCACCCUCAUCGCCUUCGGCAUCCGCUACCAGCUCGUCAAGCUCGUCUUCGACGUCGACCAGUGA